UUCUAUCACAGCUUUAGCAGUAAGACGGGGCAGCGAGAGUUAAACGCCGGGUGGGAAGUGCCUUUGCUUCACUCUCUCACUGACAGGCUCGGAACACGGAAAGCAGAAGGAAGGCAUCGGCUAAACCGAUCCGAGAGACCCAUAGACAGUAGGACAUGGGCUCCAGUGCGUGAGGCACACUCACAGGAACUGCAGCUUUGCACCCUCAGCGGCGAUUAUAGAACAGAGGCUUAACUGACAUCCUUCGGUCUAACCAUGGGGUUUGCGGAAGAGUUACAGUGCCCCAAUGGACACGGCGCCUUGUUGCGCUUACAAGACGUUGAACUGAGAUUAAUGGAGACCAUGAAAAAAUGUUUUUUACAGCGUGCAAAGAGUGACAAAGAGUAUUCAAAUAUGCUUCACCACAUGUCUGUGCAAGUUGACAAGCUGGAUCACUCGCCAACCCCUGGAUUAUCUGAAUACACAAGCCAGCUUAAUGAGUCCUGGGCAACAUUGGUGUCUCAGACGGAGAACCUAAGCCAGAUCUUACGGAAACAUUCCGAGGAUUUAAAUUCAGGACCCCUGAACAAAUUAACCAUUCUCAUUCGGGAAAAGCAGCAGCUAAAAAAGUCUUAUAGUGAGCAAUGGCAACUUCUCAACCAGGAUUACAUCAAGACAACCCAACAGGAUAUAGAAAAGCUGAGGUCUCAGUAUCGUAGCCAAGUGAAGGAAACAUUGCAAUCAAAGAGAAAAUACCAAGAGGCCUGCAGAGAUAAAGACCGUGACAAAGCAAAGGAGAAGUAUGUGAAGAAUACAUGGAAACUGCAUGCACUGCACAACCAGUAUGUUCUGGCUGUUAAAGCUGCUCAAUUGCACCACGAGCACCACUUUCUGUAUAGCCUGCCAACGCUGCACGAGUCCAUGCAGAGCAUUCACCAGGAGAUGGUCCAAAUUCUCAAGAAUAUUAUGCAAGAAUACUCUGAAAUCACAAGCCUAGUACAAGAGGAAGUAGCUUCUUUGCACAGGGAAAUUGCCAGCGCUGUUAACAGCAUCAGCCCUUUCAAGGAAUAUGACAAUUUUCUCCAGAUGAACAGGUCAGUGUCUGAAUUGCCACCCAUUGUGACAUUUGAUACCAGUUUGCUGGAGGAGACAGAUGACCUGGAGGAAGAACUACAGCUUAAUGACCUGACAGUGGAGAGUGUGCAACAUACGUUAACGUCUGUUGAAGAAGAACUGGCUUCAGUCACUGCAGCCAUUGAAGGCAAACAGGAUAUAGUGAAACAACUGCGCUCUGAUAUUGCGACAGAAGAAAGAACCACAGAUUGCAGAGAAAAGAUAAAUCUGUUGGCCAAACGACAUGCUCUACGUGAUGCCCUUCUGCAGUAUCACAUGACCCUCUGCAACAAGAACAAAAUCCACGGCCAGAGAGAAAAGCUAAAGAGAAAGAUGAACACUAUUGGAUCUGGGGACCCUCCUCCUGCCCUACAACUUCAGGAUGAUAACCAAUCAAUUUCUUCAGUGGAGCGUGAGUGCGGGAAGAAAACUCUAGAAAAUAUUAAAAAUCACAUUUCUGGAAUUUUUCGACCUAAAUUUUCGUUGCCUCCGCUUCUUCCAUUGAUCCCAGAUGUCCAGAAACCUCUCAGCCAACAGAACUGGUACCAUGGUGCUAUUCCUCGCUCUGAAGUCCAAGGACUAUUGGUUAACAACGGGGAUUUCCUUAUCCGGGAAAGCCAGGGCAAGCAAGAAUAUGUACUGUCUGUCCUAUGGGAAGGGCAACCACGACAUUUUAUCAUUCAGAAUGUAGAUAACUGUUACAGGUUAGAAGGAGAAGGCUUUUCAACAAUCCCAUUACUGAUCGAUCACUUCCUCAAAACCAAGCAAGCUGUGACAAAAAAGAGCGGUGUUAUCUUAAAUAAAGCUGUUGUUAAGGACAAAUGGGUGCUGGAGCAUGAAGAAGUCAUACUGGGAGAAAGAAUUGGAAAGGGAAAUUUUGGUGAGGUAUUCAGCGGACGCCUUCGUGCUGAUAACACACCAGUGGCAGUAAAAAGCUGUCGGGACACACUGCCACCAGACUUAAAAGAUAAAUUUCUAAUGGAAGCCAGAAUACUGAAACAAUAUAGCCACCCUAACAUUGUCAAACUUAUUGGAGUCUGCACACAGAAACAUCCAAUUUACAUUGUUAUGGAGCUAGUGCAAGGUGGAGACUUUCAGACGUUUCUACGCAAUGAAGGUCCCAAGCUGAAGGUGAAAGAGCUGAUUAGGAUGUCAGAAAAUGCUGCGGCUGGAAUGGAGUAUUUGGAGAGUAAACAUUGUAUUCACAGGGACCUUGCAGCCCGCAACUGUCUCGUCACGGAGAAAAAUGUCUUAAAGAUAAGUGACUUUGGCAUGUCCAGAGAAGAAGAAGAUGGAGUGUAUUCAUCCACUGGGGGAAUGAAGCAGAUUCCUGUUAAAUGGACGGCACCAGAAGCCCUCAAUUACGGUCGGUACAGUUCAGAGAGUGAUGUUUGGAGCUUUGGUGUCUUACUCUGGGAAGCCUUCAGCUUGGGUUCUGUUCCCUAUGCAACUAUGAGCAACCAGCAAACAAGGGAGAUCAUAGAACAGGGAAUCCGCCUGCUUGUCCCAGAUAACUGCCCUGAUGAAGUCUAUAGCUUGAUGUUGCGAUGCUGGGAAUAUGAUCCAAAGAAGCGGCCUAAUUUCAGCACUGUGCACCAGGAGCUUGUCAGCAUCCGCAAGAGACACCGAUAAGUCUUCUGAUACAAUGAACUCUUUCCUGGCAGAGAUUCACUGCAUUGCUAUAAUGGGGCUCUGUGUGCCAUCCUUUCUAGGUUUCAAUGGAGAACCCUUUAGAGGUUCACUUACUGAUGCGCUGCUGCAAUAGGGCUCUCUUUCUUGUCCUUUCUGGGUUUCAUUGCAACCUCAGCAAUUCAGGUAUUGGUGCACUUCAGUAACUGGGCUGCAGUGCAUUAAUUUUUUUUACACUUUUUUUUUUCUUUUUGUCACUAUGAAACCCCUUUCUGGCACAGGUGGACUUAUUGCUGCACAGCAGUAACAGGCCUCUGGGCAUUUAUAUUUUUAUAUUUAUAUUGUGAAAAUGCUUUUCCUGCAACAGAUAAUAAAGGAUCAUGAAAAAAAUGGUUAGCUCUAUCAACCAAACACUCACUUCAGACCUCACUUCAGACCAAUCCAGGCCCAAGCUAAAAGAAAAGGUUGAAAUCACUGGGGAUACCAAAUGUUUUGCACUCCCUGCCAUUGUAUUUACUUACCUGAUACCCAGGGCCAGUGCUCCUGUUAGCAGAAAACUGUUCUAGCCUGGAGUUCUUCUCUGCACACACCAUGGAGCAAUCCUUUUCCUGAUUCUUUUUUUACACAGUAAAUUGAAAAGCCAAACUUUAACACUUUACUGCACAUACAUUGUCCCCAGUGUAGUAAACAAAGAAGAAAGGAAGAAGAGGAUCACUCACUUGCAUGUACCCCAGGCCAGGGCAGUUUUCUGCUAACAGGUGCACUGGCCCAGGUUAUCAGGUAAUUGAAUAUAAUCACUGGAGGGUGCCUACAUUUUCAUUUUAAGUUUUCUUCUCCUUUAAAGGAAAUAGUUUAAUCUCAAAUUUUAAGGGUGUGGUUUUAACCAAUAUUUUCUGAACCAUUAUUUUUAUUAAUUGUGUCCUUUCACAUUGCUGCAUAUCAGAGAUCAGCACACUGACAGAGAGCAAAACUGCAUUAGCUGGAAAGUGCUGUUACUGACUGCACCACUAUACCCUCACAAUAAGGGUGAGGACACACAGGGUGGAUUGCCUGUGGCAGCUCUUGUCCUAAUAAGCUGCAUCUAAAAUAUAUAGGGACUGGCACAGUUUUGUAAAAUCAUUAAUUGUGUGAAUCCUCUAAAAAUAAUACCUUGGAAUGCUAAUAAAUGUGCCCCCAAAUGUAUAAAAUUUAACAAUAAAAGCUAAAAUACCCAAGUAGCAGAAUCCCAUGUAAUCACCAUGGGUAACCAACUCUAGGUAACUGCUAUAGCUCGCUAUCUAACAUUAGCCCCUUAAAACAUGAAAUAUCUAGGUUGCCCUGCUUACAUUUAAAGUUAUACCUCUAGCCUUGGCCUAUUCCCAUGUUUGACUUUGUGCAGGAAGGGGUAGGGGGGCCUCCCUGUGUCUGGAUUAAGGCCUAUGUAGAGUAAAUCUUGUAGUAAACUAAAAUUCAUUUUCACUUCCUCCCUGCAUAACUGCUACUUCAUAAUAAUAAUAAAAAGAAAAGGCCUAAAACAGUUAUGAGAAAUGGAGCUCAGAAUGCUGUCCUCCAUAAUUAAACAAGGGGUAUAGCUGAUUGUACAAAUUUUGGGUCCUGGAGUUGAUUAUAUUUGGGUCCCUUGAUAUAAAGAAUAAGAAGCACUGAAGUAAAGUCAGGACUAUGGCUGGCACACUAUUUCAGUCAAUUCUACUGCUUCUUGUUAUGCGUGUGGACCAGUGCUAACCAAGUUGCGCUAGUGUUGCUUGCCAUUCAGGUCCCUUCACUUGGGGGGCUGACAAUAGGGGGAGCCAAACACAGCCACACUAAUAGAACAGUCAAAAUUUAAAUCAAAUGUUUCACUUGUGAAUGGUGCUCUUAUAUCAAAAGUAUCUGGAACAGUCUUUUUCUUCAAAUAUGAAGAACUGUAUUUUCAAAAAGGACAGUAUGGGAAAUGGCAUUGCCCCAUAUUCCUGUAAUGGGUUUCUGAAUAAUAAAUGCCUGUGUGUUUAUGUGUGUUUUUAUAUUCCCAUAUGUAUUUCUAUACAUGUAAACACACAUUACUUCCCAAGUCCAGCUGAAUUUCUGCGUAUUACUCACUAUUCAGUAAACAAAUAUUUAGCCAGUGCUGUGAGAAGAAACCUAGCAGGCUUACUGACCUGAAAUAAACAUAGGAAAUUGAUUUUUGUCUCACUGUAAGCAUAAAGUUACUAAAGUGUUCCUUUAAUUUCUGACCUCAUCUGUGUGCACUCACAGUCAUCAGUCUUUACAAUAUGGGGUGAUAGUAAUAGCAGUCAUAUAUAUAUAUAGUUUAAUAGCACAGAAAUUCAUGAGCAUCCAUAAGAUUAGCAGAUACUCACUGUAGGGUCAUAGUGUCAGCAACAACUGGACUGAAAUAAAUUCCUUUAUUUUAGGCUUCUCCUGACAAUAAAUGCAUCCUACAUCAUAUGAAAUCAGUAGGAGGCAAGGGAGCAGGAGCUACUUGCUAAAGAUAGUGUAUAGCACAACAGUCACCAUAAGUGCCUGAUAGUAGUAGCUCCCUUCUGUAUUCCUAAUAAAAAUGAAAAUGGAACCAUGCAAUUGUUUAACUGAAUAUCCACAGUUCUAGCUGAAAGACUGUAGUAUGGGGUUAUAUUCAGGCCAUGUUGAGGGCAUUAAAAGGAAAGUGUAUCUAGUUUGUAGCAAAGGUCAUAUUAUGGCUCUUUGAACUACUGUACCAGUAAUGGCCAUUAAUGGUUAAUCAAUAAAAUAUAGCUCAAUGCAAACCAGUGUUUUCACAUGAGCAGACUAGUACUUUUUCCUAUUGAUGUAGUGGGGCCUAAGCUGGGGUCUGCACAUGUUCUCUAAUGCCUCUAAGUGCCUUAUUUAGAACAAAUCAAAACUGGAGUGAAUUCUCAAUGGCCUUUUGGGUGUGUUUGCCUAUUUAAAAAGCAACUCUAUUGAAAUUGAUGAUAAGUGAAAUAAAAAUGACACUGAAAUUACAUUUUACUGAAGACCCAUUAUUUUUUUUAGAAUAUUAUGUAGUAGAAAACAAAAGAAUGUACCCUUUUCCUAUUUCCAUGGUUUCUAAACUACCUGUACUCAUUAGCUACAAACAUUCUGUGCAAGUGAUUUGAUAACCUUGCUCUGUUUCAUUAUACAGUGACAGUAGCUUUUCCUGCACAAUUCAUGGAAUAACAGACUUUUGUUUCAUUUUUGUUUUCAGUUUAUAUUGUGGACCAAAUUAAACAUACGGCCAUGUUAUUCUGCUAAGUGCCUUCUUAUGUCCUGAUAUGCUUUUUAUAUGAGUGUAAAUUGCUUAACUGUUUCCUCUCUUAAAUUUCAUUUAUAGACUUAUACAACAGCCUCCCCUGUGGCCACAUUAUAAUGUUAAUGGUAACACACUUGCCUUACUUCUCAAAGCAAUAUUUGAAUUCAGCAUCUCUGAGAUAAAGAAUCUUGCUCUGUAUGAAGCAAGCAACAGGCUCUGUAAGUGGCCAUUAUAUUGUCCCAUUGAGUCAAUGCAGUGGAAAUUACAGUGUAAUAACUUAUUUUAUUUAACGUUUGUUGAUCCUGUUCACAGUGCUGAUAUACCCUGGAAAUGAGAACAUAGAAAAAUAAACUUAUUUUGUCAAAACAA